GCUCCAGGUUCUGGGGGACGCAGAAUCAGCUGCACAGGAGGGAGGCGGGAGGGAGCGAGUCCGCCGGCCUGGUCUCGGCCUAGGCUCUAAGUGUGGGCUACGGCUUCAGCCCCGCAGGUUACGUACACUGCUCCUGGGGGCGCCAGAGAGGGCCCCGACCAGCCAGUCCUGACCAUUAACCUCUACUGGACAGUGAACAUCAGGAGGCUGGACAACUGAAUGAGAUUGCCUCUGGAACUAUAAAGGUGAACCUGUGGUGGAAUAUGGGUCAGAAAGUCACAGGAGGGAUUAAGACAGUGGACAUGAGGGACCCAGCGUACAGGCCACUGAAGCAGGAUCUCCAGGGUCUGGACUACAGUAAACCUGCUCGCCUGGACCUCUUGUUGGACAUGCCUCCAGUGUCACGUGAAGUACAGCUCCAGCAUUCAUGGAAUAAUAACGAUCGAUCGCUCAAUGUCUUUGUCAAAGAGGAUGACAAACUUGUUUUUCACCGGCAUCCGGUGGCACAGAGCACUGACGCCAUUCGUGGCAAAACUGGUUAUACACGAGGCCUGCAUGUGUGGGAGAUGACAUGGGUCAUGAGACAGCGAGGGACUCAUGCCGUCGUUGGAGUAGCAACUGCAGAUGCUCCGCUCCAUUCUGUGGGCUACACAACACUCAUAGGAAGCAAUGGGAAAUCCUGGGGAUGGGACUUGGGUAGGAAUAAACUGUAUCAUGAUGGCAAAAAUCAGCCGAGUAGAACAUACCCUGCUUUUCUGGAGCCUGACGAAACCUUUAUCGUGCCAGAUUCUUUCCUGGUGGUACUAGACAUGGAUGACGGUACACUGAGCUUCAUUGUGGAUGGACAGUACAUGGGCACUGCAUUUAGAGGAUUAAAGGGAAAGAAACUGUACCCAGUCGUCAGUGCGGUGUGGGGCCACUGUGAAAUCAGAAUGCGAUACAUAAAUGGACUAGACCCGGAGCCCCUUCCUCUGAUGGACUUGUGUCGACGAGCUGUUCGCCUUGCACUGGGAAAAGAGAGACUAAAUGAAAUACAGACUCUUCCAUUGCCAGCGUCCCUUAAAGGUUACCUACUGUACCACUGACCAUCCAUACUACUGCCACCAUGGACUAGCCACCCAGUGCUAUGCAUCCCAAGACUGUUAAUGCUUGUUGGUAGGAAGAUGGUGGUACAGUUUCCUCACGUGCAUGCUUCCAACUAUGAAAUACCUCCAAGUUUUAUCUUUCUGGGAUCUCGCAACAGUUGAGUUUUGUAUGAAGGACAUCUGAAUGUUGCGUGUGAAUUAGAGACGUGCUUCAUGUGUAAUGAAUCAUGUGACCAAUUUCCUUUUUUUAACUUAAUGGUCUUUUGAACAGGAAGACUUUCUCCUUAACGCCCUAUGAAGGGCUCUUAUGUAUGUCCUAUCCAUUUUAAAUGUUUGUCUUGUCCUUUUUACUGUUGUGCCUCAAAACUUGCCGCUCCCGGUAUUGUUUCCUCAUUUUACAUGGCUUGUAUUGGCUGUAGGACCCUGCACUGCUACCUGGUCUUGCUGUUUGAGGGUUGGGUGUUGCCUGUUAUGUUUGGUAGAUGCACAUAGGCAGAUGGUCUACAUAUUGGAACAGGAGAGCGCGCACUAGUAUAAUGGCUGAGAUUGGGAGGUUGACUCAAAAAACAAUUUAACUGGACUUUCACUUGCUGCCUGUUGGCCAGUGCCCAUUGUAUGAGACCUGUUGCAGAAGCAAUCCCCAUGCCACUGGGUACAGAAGUGCAGUAUAAAGCUGAAGGGGUUGUCUGGUAUCAGAAAAAUCUGGUCUGCCUUUUGUUUCUACAAACAGUGCCACUCUUGCCUAUGGGCAGUGUCUGGUAUUGUAGCUUAUCCCCAGGCAUGAGAUGCAUUAGUUAUGCCCAUCUCUAAUCCCAGAUGACCUCAGUAAUCCAUUAUGUUGCAUGUAGAAAGUCCAUCAGAGUAGGGCCUCCAUAACUUCUUGGCUCUAGGCCAUACUUCUAUAUUGGCCAGUCUGGCACUCUGGACUGGAGCCAGUUGGAUACAAUCAGCCAGCAAUGCCAUUGGCUUUUUUGCCACAUGCCAUGUAGAUGGCAGAAGGAAGCAAUAUAUGCACAGGUACAGUGGGUAAUGUUUUUAUGUGUUUUUGUAGGUAUGUGAAUUGUGAGAAGUGCAUCGGUCACCCAGUCACACUACUGAGGCAGCGAGCUUGCGCCGGACGGUUUCUGCACCUAAUAGCAUUACAUCCUUUCUCUAUGGCCAUAUCACUUGUGCGUAGAACAUUGCUUCAGCCCAAAAAAUGGCUGUCUCCUUGAGGGUGACAGGUGCACUAUAAAACGCUGCUGCUGUAGGGUACAUAAAGAGAAAAUGGACUUAUAAAAAAAAUGUAAGAAAUGCACAACAAUGCCAAUCCAGUUGGGGGUGACUCCUGUGCUAGCGUCACUUUGCUUGUAAGUGGUUUUAUUUUGAUGGACUUUUGCUGCAUUGCACAAAUUGGACAGACUUUUACAAUAUUUUCUUGAGGUUUCUAACUUUUUUCCUGUGCAAGUCUUCCACCUCCAAAGUGGCUUAGUGAGUCCCCCCUACUGUAUGAAAUGUUGCCUGUACAGUUUUAAUCUCUUUAUAAUUCUGUAGAUAAUAAAUUCUCUAAUAAAGAAAUAGUUUAAGUAUAAGAUGUGUUG